UUCUUCUUCCUCCUCCUCCCCCCCGGUUGUUAUGAAACCCGCACGGCGAGGUUUUGUAACCAGGGCUCCCCCCGGCAGCCAAUCACAGCGCCGCCCCGCGGACCACGUGACGGCGUUUUUAUAUAACGGGCCGGCGCCGGGAGGCCGGCCAGCGCGAUCCGCCGAGGUGUGCUGCUGUCUCCGCGUACGUGUCCCGGUAACCUCCCGGGCCACAGCCCUGCGGACGCUCGUAAGGCGCUCACCCCGCUCUGAGCAUGUCAGUCCUGAACCCGGCGGCGGACGAGGCGCUGGGAGAGAGCAGCGGCGGCGGCAGCAGCAGGAGGCGGCGGCCGGGACCCUCUCUCCUCCUCCUCGCCGGCCCGGCGGCCGCGGACCGGGCGCACCGGCAGGGGCUGGUCCUCCGCCGGGCCGAGGAGCUGGCGGCGCAGGACCGGCUCAAGGAGGCCCUGGACGCGUUCGCCCUGGCGCUGAGGUACGGCUCCGGCCGGCCGGAGCAGCUGGGCGCGCUGGUGGGCUGCGUCCUGCGGAACUUCAAGAAGGCGGAGGCGGCCGGGGAGCGCAGCGCCAGCCCCGCCGCCGAGCCCCUGGACUGUCCCGGCUGCGGCCGGCUCCUCUCCGAGCCGGUGACCGCCGCCUGCGGCCACACGUACUGCCGCCGGUGCCUGCAGCGGGAGGUGGUGGCCCGGUGCCCGCGCUGCGCCGAGAGGCUGGCGGCCCGGCGGGGCGACGGCGGGGCGCCCCGCACCAACGUGGCGCUCUGCCACGUCCUGGAGAAGUGGGUCCCGGGUGGGCCGUGCCGGGCCCGGCUGUGCGCGGAGAUUGAGGGGCUGUGCGGGCGGCGGCGGUACGAGGAGGCCCUGGCCGUGUCCAGCGGCGGGCUCAAGGCAGGUGAGCUCAAGGGGCUGCUCUCGGCUCACACUGGCGCUGGUGGUGGUGGUGGUGGUGUUGUUGUUACUGGGGCCUGUUCGCGGAUCUGGGGUUGGGGGGAGUGUGUCGCUUCUCGGGGCGAGAAGGGGGGGGGACGGUGUCGUGGCCCUGGGAUGGGGGGUGCGAGGGAGACCUCUGCUUGGAUCCUGUACGACUUGCUGUCACCCGGCAGAGAGAAUGUGAAAGUGGGACUGCGGGAGACGGCGCCGGGCUCCUCGCCUCGCCUCCGCGGGAAAGUGCCCGUCGCGGAUGCCCACGGCGGAGCAGCCCUGCGCUUAGAGCACCCCAGCUCGGAAGAGCAGCGCGCGGUCCCGGAGCCCUGCGAGGGUCUGGAGAAGCCGGGCCUGAGCCGAGCCCAUUCCCUGCGGGGCCAGAGCCGCCUGGGGAGCCCGGCGGGCGAAGAGGGCCUGAAGAGGGUGUCCUCCGCCCCCCAGCUCUGUGGGCAGGACAAGGGGGCCCUGCUGAAGAGGAAACUGUCCUCCUCGGAGCAGGGCCCCUCGGUCGCUGUCGUUGGCAGGAACAAACACAAAAAACAAGGAGAAAGUUUGGUUACAAGUGCCACUGUGAUCCGCAGAGUAGUUGCCGAGGAGUUAUUGGAAGUGACCGACUUCGAGUGCUCUCUCUGUAUGAGGUUAUUCUAUGAGCCAGUGACAACGCCCUGCGGCCAUACCUUCUGCAAGAGCUGUUUGGAGCGCUGUCUGGACCACAUGCCCCAGUGUCCUCUCUGCAAGGAAAGCCUGAAAGAGGUCAGCAGGGUCUGUUUCCGGUCUAGAGCUAGGUCGUGUUCUAAUGACAUUGUCUUGCCGUCUGCCUGCAGUUUUGUUGACUACGGGUGCAUGCUCCAAAUCCGAAGCGUCCACUUCCUUCCCGACGGCCGCUCAGUAGUGGACACUCUGGGUGGGAAACGGUUCCGGGUCUUGAAAAAGGGAAUGAGAGACGGAUACUGCAUAGCCGACAUCGACUAUCUGGAAGAUGUGAAGGUUCAGGAUGUGGGGGAGCUGUCCCGGCUGCAGGAGCUGCACGACCAGGUCUACACACAGGCCUGCACGUGGUUCCAGCACCUGAAGGACCCGUUCCGUGGGCAGAUCCUGCAGCACUUCGGGGCCAUGCCCGGGAGAGAGGAGGACAUCCAGGCUACCCCCAACGGGCCGGCCUGUUGCUGGUGGCUGCUGGCUGUCCUUCCCGUAGACCGGCGGUACCAGCUGUCGGUUCUGUCCAUGACAUCGCUGAAGGAGCGGCUGCUGAAAAUCCAGCACAUCCUCACAUACCUGCAGAGCAUCCCCAGCGAAUAGCCAAAGGGACAUUCCUCUGGAUCUUCCAUUCAAGUCGCCUGGUGCUGUCCGGUGGCCUUUUCGGUUUUCCUGCUGCCUUUUUUGUACUUGUGAUGCUGUUUAAACGGCCUCUCGUGAAACACAGACACUUUAUCGAUGGUCUUAAAAAAUAAUAGUAAUAACAAAAAAAGUGCAAAGAAAGAGAAAGGACACAGCCUAGAUAGUUCACUGCAUCACGAGUCUGCAGUCUAAUUGUCCCUGGGGUUGCAGUGUGGAGAAGAUAUUGGUUAUUUCUGUGAAAUUCUGAAUGUGGGGUCAAUGAUUUUGAAGGUGUUCACGUACGGAGAGAUUUCAUUUAAAAAGGUAACAUAGGUUUACAAUGCAGUGCUAUGUUAGUCCUAUCAUUUCUUGUGCUGUUAAUAAUCUUACUGUCACUUUUAAGCCCAUUAUGCACAAGCACUCUUAUGGAGGUCUGUGAAGCUGUCCUUUUUGUUACUCUAACACUGAAAAGGCACAAUUUGUGUCUCUUAAACCUCUGAGUUUUAAGUCGGUUUGGAGUCUCUUGGAUCCUUAAAGAACAUAGUAUUUAUUUGCAGUGGUAUUGGCCUGGGCAAUCAACUUCCUGUAUGAACAAAUAUAUGUUCGUUCUUCAGUGUUUCUUCUGCACAGCCACCUGUUCCAGUACCCAUCAGUUUUACUGUAGAAGUAGUUAAACAUUUUGAUCGCAUGUCCAUGUCUGUUGAAAAUGAAAAGGGGGAACUUGAUAUUCUUUACAAUAUACAUGGUCCUGUUGGGGGUGCAGAAGAAGGAGGUUGUCACCGGAUGCUUGGGCGAGCGAGGCUGGCGUUGGGAGCGGUGUGUGUGUGUGCGUGCACGCUCGCAGGCACGGCUUGGAUUCCUGGCGCCCGGCUCCCUCUGCGACAAGCUUCUGUGCGUCUGGUUUUCGUGGUGUACUUCUCUGUGUGUAAAUAUGUCUUAUAAAUGCUUUAUUGUAUGUAAAUCAUUUGUAAAAGGUUUAUACAGAUUAUGCUCCAGCUUGAAUAUUUAUCAAUUUUCAAUAAAAGACAUUUGUACCAUG